CAUUCCUUGAACGUUCUGCCGUAACGGCGACAAUCUCCGGUGGCCGGAGCCGCGGCUGCCACAAACCGCGCAGACGCCGGCCGGGACACACGCUCCACACACGACACCGCGAUGGCAGAGCUCGCUGACCGUUACGUGACUUUCUACAAUGGACAGAAGAUGCCAAUAAUAGGACUCGGAACUUGGCAGGCAACCGACGAAGAAAUAGAAACAGCAAUUGAUGCUGCCCUUGAGGCUGGUUACAGACACAUCGACACUGCGUAUGUUUAUAUGAACGAACCUGCCUUGGGAAGAGCACUGAAAAAAUGGUUUGAUUCCGGAAAAUUGAAAAGAGAAGACUUAUUCAUCGUCACAAAGUUACCCAACUUCGGCAACCGCCCUGAAUCUGUGGAGAAGUACAUAAAGAGGUCUCUUGAUAAUCUGCAGUUAACUUACCUUGAUCUCUAUCUUGUGCACCAUCCUGUUGGGCUGCAAGAAAAAGAAGGAGAAAUGCUUCCGAAGGAUGAUUCAGGAAACUUACUUGUUGAUAAGUCCACUGAUAUAAUAAGCGUCUGGAAAGCAAUGGAAGAACAAGUACAUGCUGGUAGAGCUCGGGCUAUCGGCCUUUCUAAUUUUAAUGUAAGGCAGAUAUCACGUAUUGUUGAAUCUUGUUGCAUUCGUCCAGCGAAUGUUCAAGUAGAACUACACAUAUACUGCCAACAGAAAAAUCUUGUGUCAUUUUGUGAAGGUUUGGGAAUUACUGUCUGUGCGUAUGCCCCCUUGGGAUCUCCUAAUUUGGCAUCGUUCGUGAAAAUGAUUGGAGAUAAUCCUGAACUGAUCCCAACAUUUAGUCCCCUGACUGAACCAAUCGUAAUAGAAAUAGCAAAACAGCACAAUAAAGCACCUGCGCAAGUCCUUUUGCGGCAUAUAAUUCAAAGACGUAUAGUUGUCAUUCCUAAAAGUACUAAUCCCACAAGAAUACAGGACAAUUUCAAAAUUUUUGACUUUCAACUUACUACUGAAGAGAUGGAGAAAAUUAGUUCUUUGGAUAAAGGUCAUGAAGGGCGACUAUUCGGUGCAGGUAUGCUUCAUGGAAUACACACUCAUCCAGAGUACCCUUAUGAUGGAACAGACUAAAUAUUUAUGUCUUCAAGAUCAAUUAACAAGAAAGUGUUGCUCAGCUUCUACAAAAUUACUGAACAUUGUGAAUUUAUAUAAGUUUAAUUGUCUCCAUAAAGUAGAGUAUUGUAUUUGUUGAAGGGCAAUGAAGUAGUACCUGAAUUGAAACCUAGAAACAAAUUAAAAUUUUUUAUGAUUAUAUGUUUGAAAUAUGAAUUGUGAAUCCAUAAAAUCUUUAAGAUCAUACCAGGAGACAAAAGUGAAGCAGCUAAAUACUAGUGAUAGCAUUCAUAUGUGGCUAGUUGAAUAUUUACGAUUCAAACAGAACACAGGUAUCAUAAAUAGAUGUAAUGGCAAAUCCCAUCUCCUUACAUAUGAAAAGAACACACUAGUAUAUUUUUCAGAGAAAAUGGAAAAGUAGAUAAUUAUUCAGGAAUUUACACCUAUAGCACAUUAAAUAAAUACCUAGCUAAAAUUCAUGAGAUGUGGUACUUAUACAAUAGUUCUGGUAGCUGUCUGAAAAUUUAUACACUAAUGUAAUAUGGCCAAAGAUUUAGGAACAGUUUUCAGAAACUUGCCAGCUCUAUGUCAUUUAAUAAUUAGGGUCUCUCUACGUAAAGAGAUUGUCAAAAACAAAAAUAAUAAAAUGUGAUAAUUGCAUUGUAUUUUGCAAGAAAGUAUGUUUGGACUAAGUUAUAGUUAAAACAAUUAUCUAGAUGUCUAACCUGGACAUCUGUGGAACCAAAUGUGGUUCUUCAAUACUACCAUUGAUAUUAGCAAGACAAUUGAAGUUAAAAAUACCUAGGUUCAAUUCACUUUUAUGUUUAAGGAGGAAUAUGGGUGGAUUUACACAAUGUAAUAUUAUAAUUUUUUAAGAAGCAGGGAUUUGAUGUAGAACAAUGAAAUUGUGUAAUUUGAAGGAGUUUAUAUCUCAAAACAUGUUUAUUAUUAAAUAAAACCUUUUGUUGAAAUUGUUUAUAAUAUGAUUUUUUGAAUAUUUUAAUGUUUAAUUUAACUACGGCACACUUUUCCGGAAAACUGAUCAUAUUUUAUAUUUGAAACUUUGCAUAACUGUUCCUGAAAUAGAAAUAAAUGAAAGAGUGUAAAGAAAUUGUGACAUUAGUUAUAUUUUGUGAAAUAUUAAUUAAUGAAUAUUCAUUAUUAAUGCAAAAAAUUUGAGUUUAAAAAAUCACCAUGAUGAAGCUAAGCAAUAUUUGAAGGAAAAAAACAAACAAAAAACAUCACACAAAUACUUCCUGUACUGUGACUUUGUACAAAAUUUGAAAAUAAAAUGCUGAAUAGUUUUUGAGAAAAUG